GCGCAAGCGCAAAGGCAUACGCCCUUUGAAGACUCCAUUGCCCAGGGUGCAUUGCCUUCAGGAGGGCUUUUUUUUUCGGCGAGUGUUGUCGAGUUCUCUUCUUGGGGUCUGAUGGGUCCGCAGACUCCGUUACCCAGCUUCCUUUGUGGAGCGCUAUUACGCAUUUCCUGUGGAACCGCCUGAGGAGAGUGGGUGGAGUUUACGGAGCCGGUGGGCGGUAGGCGGUGCUGCCGGUAGCUGGGUGCUGUCCAAAGGCGACUGGGCUACGCUAGGGGAGCGAGCUGUGACCGGUUGGGCCGCACUUACCGUGGAAAGAAGCUUCAGCUCCUAUUUGGCUACCUACGGCCUCCCCUUCAUGUCGGCCCUCGAGAAGAGCAUGCACCUCGGCCGCCUGCCCUCUCGGCCCCCUGUACCCGGCAGUGGGGGUAGUCAGAGUGGAGCCAAGAUGCGAAUGGGCCCUGGAAGAAAACGGGACUUUUCCCCUGUUUCUUGGAGUCAAUACUUUGAGUCCAUGGAAGACGUAGAAGUAGAGAAUGAAACUGGCAAGGAUACUUUUCGAGUUUACAAGAGUGGUUCAGAGGGUCCAGUCCUACUCCUUCUACAUGGAGGAGGCCAUUCUGCCCUGUCCUGGGCUGUGUUCACGGCAGCGAUCAUUAGUAGGGUUCAGUGUAGGAUUGUGGCUUUGGAUCUGCGAGGUCAUGGUGAAACAAAAGUCAAGAAUUCUGAAGACCUGUCUGCAGAAACAAUGGCAAAAGAUGUCGGAAAUGUGGUUGAAGCCAUGUAUGGGGACCUCCCUCCUCCAAUUAUGCUGAUUGGACAUAGCAUGGGUGGUGCUAUUGCAGUCCACACAGCAUCAUCCAACCUAGUGCCAAGCCUCCUAGGUCUGUGCAUGAUUGAUGUUGUGGAAGGUACAGCCAUGGAUGCCCUUAAUAGCAUGCAGAAUUUCUUACGUGGCCGUCCUAAAACCUUCAAGUCUCUGGAGAAUGCCAUUGAAUGGAGUGUGAAGAGUGGCCAGAUUCGAAAUCUGGAGUCUGCCCGUGUCUCAAUGGUUGGCCAAGUCAAACAGUGUGAAGGAAUUACAAGUCCAGAAGGCUCAAAAUCUAUAGUGGAAGGAAUCAUAGAGGAAGAAGAAGAAGACGAAGAAGGAAGUGAGUCAGUAAACAAGAGGAAAAAGGAAGAUGACAUGGAGGGGUUGCCCUUAGAGACUCAGAACUUGCUCUUAUUUCUUCAGACCAAGAAAGAUCAUCCAUACACUUGGAGAAUUGAACUGGCAAAAACAGAGAAAUACUGGGAUGGCUGGUUCCGAGGCUUAUCUAAUCUCUUUCUUAGUUGCCCUAUUCCUAAGUUGCUGCUCUUGGCUGGUGUUGAUAGAUUGGAUAAAGAUCUGACUAUUGGCCAAAUGCAAGGGAAGUUCCAGAUGCAGGUCCUACCUCAGUGUGGCCACGCAGUCCAUGAGGAUGCCCCAGACAAGGUAGCAGAAGCUGUUGCCACUUUCCUGAUCCGGCACAGGUUUGCAGAGCCCAUCGGUGGAUUCCAGUGUGUGUUUCCUGGCUGUUAGUGACCUGCUAUCCAUCCCUCCCUCAACAUUGAGCUCUGUUGUAAAUACAUCGCACCAGAGGCCACUGUGAUGCCGCUGUCUCCUUCUCACCAUCCUGCCCGACCAUGUGACACCGGCUCCCUGUAGACGGGCAUCCCCAGAUGUACAAACCCUUUCGUGUAUUCCUGCCAAAAGCAUUGUUUUCCAGGGCCUUUGACUAUCAUCGGCCUCCCUAGUCCAAGGCUCCCCAGCUCCUACCCCUUUCCUGUUCAGGGGUAGCCCCUGCCAGUUCUCCCUGCCUUACCUAGGGUGAAGCCUCCAUCAGAACUGCCACCCUGGGCCUCUAUUCCUGGCAUUAGGCAACGCAUCUGGGUCCAGAUGUCUCCCCAGGCUCAGAAACCUCCAUUCCUUGAGAUUGUUCUUGGCAUGGUCCUGCCCCACCUCAAGGGAUGGACCAUGGACAGGGUGGUCCUUGUUUUACCCUUUCAAAUAAAACACCAGUCAGGUACCUUUUUAUCCCAGUCUUAUUCUUCCAGGAUUGGAAGACCUAUAAAGUCCAGGAUUCAAUCCUUAUGUACAAGGAGGGGUGGUGGAUAGCAUCACAAGAAACCAACCUGAAAAUCAGGUCCAGCCAGUCCAAGCACAUGGCCUCCCAUCUGGGGAGAGCCCAUCGUCCCACUCCCACAUGUCUGGGCACCUGCCUUGGGCUGAGGCCAGGUUGCUCCAGGGGCCUCUUGAGCCCUCACCUGCCACAGAGCAACCCAGGUUAAGUACAGCCCACGCACAAAGCCACAGACUAAAGCCUGUGGAGUUGUUUUUAAGAAUCAAAUUGAACCAUUUUCAUCACUGGUCCCUGGAGGUGUGCAGAGUGCCCGCUUGCCUCUUCUAGACCCACAGCUUAUCUUUGUCAUUUGUGGUUUCCAUGUCACUCUUCGUAGAAACAAUACAGCCUAGCAUCCUCAAUCUUUGCCCCUCUUCCAGCUGCCUCAUCAUACACCGCAGCCUCCCCCUGCUGCCCAGGCACGCCAUUUCCAAGGGCAGGGAAGGGCAGUCUCCUGCAGCCCGUCUUUUCUGUGACUGUCUUAGGUGAUGCAUAGCCCCCUCCACCUUUCCACCCAACAACUUCCUAUCCCUGCCCUGCUGCACGGUCCGGAGUCUGGGACCUACUUUGUUUCUUUGUUAUUUAUGAUCUUGUUAAAGAAAAUAAAUAUCUCCCAACCUUUAUCAAUCUA